AUGGCGGGCGGUCCGGCGGUGGGGGAAGGAGAAGGAGGAGGAAAUAUUGAAACAUCUUCACCAUUGCAACAUGAAAUAGAAUUGGUCCAAGGUGCCUUUCUUCAGCCAGAAGUGGUGUAUCUGAAGGAUGCCAAUACCUGUUUAAAGAUGAGGUCUUUUCAGGGACAAUGGGGAAAACAGAACAGCAAACUUGCCCCUGAGGUAAUGGAAGAUCUGGUGAAGAACACAGAAUUUAAUGAAACACGAACUCAAAACUGGUACAAAGGAUUUCUUAAAGACUGUCCUAGUGGUAGGCUGAACCUGGAUGAAUUCCAGCAACUGUAUGUAAAGUUUUUCCCAUAUGGAGAUGCAUCCAAGUUUGCUCAACAUGCCUUCAGAACCUUUGAUAAAAAUGGCGAUGGGACAAUCGACUUCAGAGAGUUCAUUUGUGCUCUCUCUAUCACUUCAAGAGGCAGCUUUGAACAGAAGCUAAACUGGGCUUUCAAUAUGUACGAUUUAGAUGGUGAUGGUAAAAUAACACGAGUCGAAAUGUUGGAGAUCAUAGAGGCUAUUUAUAAGAUGGUAGGAACAGUCAUAAUGAUGAAAAUGAAUGAAGAUGGUUUAACGCCAGAACAACGAGUCGACAAGAUUUUCAGUAAGAUGGAUAAGAACAAUGACGACCAGAUUACAUUGGAUGAAUUCAAAGAAGCAGCAAAGAGUGAUCCUUCGAUUGUGUUACUCCUGCAAUGUGACAUUCAGAAGUGAGCCAUUUCUGAUGCAUAUAAUGGACUGCACAAAAUUCAAAUGUUUCAUUCAGUUUGCAGCUGCAGCUACAUCCAUACACACUCGAAAACAAAGUGCUCGGACUACCUUUAAAUGGACUUGCUUCUUGUGUUGAAACACUUGUGUGCAUGAGAAUGUCAUAUGCAAAAAAAGUUUAAAUUAAUAUAAAAACUGCCAAAAGUGAAGUGUGCGCAAUUUCAUUAUCAUAUAAACUUCAUUCCUCAGAGGCCUGUGCAUUAGUAUCGUGUUGCAUUAAAUUAUGCUAUUAUUGUUCAUGUUCCACUGGAGCUUGCAAUGUGUUUCACUUACGAGGCAUGAAACUUAAUUUUGAUGUUUAUAAGAAAUCACUUUUUCCUCCAAACAUUGUAGCAGAUCGGAGAUGGGAAUUUUGGAAAAUAUUGGCAGUAGAUUCUGAUGAAAAAAAACAGUAGGCAUUAUGCGAAUUCAUUUGUUUUAACUGGACACAAAUACCAUUCAUUUUUGUUGAAUUUUCUUUCAGUUCUUUGAACCCUUAAAAACACAAGGACCAAUAUACCUCAAAAAAAACUGCAGCAAUCUUUAACAAGUAAUAGAUUCAGCAUUUAUAAUUAGCAUCUUUCUCAAACAUGGACACUCAAGAUUCAACAGACUAAAAGAGUGCAUAGUUUUAGCGAACAUUUAAAAAUACCCAGAGGUAAGAUUCUCUAACAUUAGUUUAUACCUUUCCUACAACAAGUCCACUAGCAGCUGCCAGGAAAUGGUGAUAGUGACUUUUUAAACUAAUUUUUUUAAGAGCUUUUCCACUGGUACCUUAAUGGUAGUUUAGCUUGAACUCAUACAAAUCCUAUAAACACUUCAACUGACGCUGUUACAAAUAGAGAAGAAAAAUGUAAAACUACAUUAGUACAAGGCCUUGUUUUCUUUACUGCCCGAUUUCUUUAACUAAUAAUUAGGCUUGUGAUCUAAUACUAAUUGUAGUACUGUGCCAUAGCCUGUGACUCAUGUGAAAACCAACAUUAAAAGACUUUCCAACAUUAUCCCCUUAUAUUGCUAAUUUAAAAAAGUACAGUCUGCACAAGAGUCUCAAUUGUUUCAAAGAGAAAAAUAUCCAGAGUUUUAGGUACCAUCUCAACCAAUUGCUGUUACUGUUUCAGGUUUUAGGAGAGAUGCCUACAGCCAAAUGUGUUAUCCUUCACAGUAAUGAAGACUGCUAACUACAGUCCCCAUUCAUGUGAUUUUUGAGCAAAAUUUCAUUAUUAGCAGAAAUUUGGGAUUCAAAAAUCUACUCUUGUACAUUACUGGCAUCAACAUGUGCUUGGCAGAAAGUUGUGGCAUAGUAUCACAAAAUUGUUUGCUCAAGUUCCCAAAGCCAGCAUAGCAUGUGCAGGAGACUUGAACUACUGUGUUACAAACCUUAUUAAAGACUUGAAGGCAUACUCCUAUUACCAUUUCUUCCAGCUCUUUACGCUACCAUUGAUUUGAGCUGGAAACUAACAGUCAUAGACUGGAAUCAUAAUAGAAGACACAUAAUUUGGUAACUGAUGCAUAUGCAUUCAGAUAAUUCUUGGUAUUUUUCUUGCAAUUGUGUUCUUCUGGCAAGCUUAAUAUAAAUGCUUUUCUUUUGGAUGCAAUUUUUGUUUUGCAUUGCAUUUUAAUUUACUUUUCCUUCACUCUUAUUUCUACCUUCCACCGUAAAGAAUUUUAUAAAAUAUUUUAUAAUUCCCUGCUUGAUAGAUAAGUAUUUCAUUCACCUGCUUGGACAUGAGACAAACCACAUUGCUCUUAGUCUUAGGCCAGCAAGGUAUUUUGACACUACCAGAUUGUGCUCUCAAGGUGGUAGCAACUUGUACCAGUCAUUCAGACUUGACUAACUUGUGCACAACCCACAUGCCAAAGUGGGUGUCAACAUCUGACUGCAUAUUGUGUUAAAAUUAUAGAGUUUCUUGGUUAUUGCAAGGUCAAACAGCACGUGCAUGGUGUCAGCCAUACUUCCUGCUGUCAAAAAUAUCGUGCUACUGUACUCUGGGAAUGCCGCCCUUCAGGUUAUUUGCUCAUUUUCACACUUUGUAAUUCCUUCAAUGUAUAUUAAAAAUGGGUUAAAAUGCUGCAUCACUAUGCCCACUAGAUCUAUUAUUUUACGGUCAGUUAUUUUCACUUAAUUUCUAGCUGAGCAUUCUCACUCACUUAUCCCUGACCAAGAUUGAAAAAUACUUGAUCGUCAUUUUGAAACUGGGCAAAUGCGGUACUGACUUUGAAAGUGCACCUCCCUUUAAUUUCAACUUGCUGAUUGCACUAUCCAUUUGUUCUAUUCAGCUGGCUUUCCCUGCCUGGAGAAGAUAAGUUCUACACAGGGCCUGUUUCCAAAUUCAGUAACAAUUCUAAAUUGGCCACAUUAUAAAAAGAUUGAAUGCAAACUCUUGGGUAAAACCAUGGGGACAUCUGAAAAUACUUCCCCUGCAAUACACCAAUUAGUGACUUAGAUCUUUGAGUGCAGAACAUGAUGGUUUUAUGUUAAAUGGACAAAUAAUAAAACUUUAAAAUUAGCAGUGGGAGCACAGAGUAGAAAUGUGAACACAUUCCACACUGAUAUUCAGUACGAACUCUCAGCAGGCGAGACACUCUUGUGACUGGGUGAAAUUCGAAAAUUACACCUUAAUAAAGGAUUUUGAAACUUAAAAGCUAUGUUUUAUUAAACUAGACCAAUGCUUCAUCUAUUCUAAUAAAAGGAUAGCAAAUACAAGCUUACCAAACCUUUCCCGUUUAUGUAUGCAAUGUAAACAAGAUGUUGGUGAAAGUGUUCGGUGCAGUACCUAUAUGUUUGUUAUGGCUUUUAUAAAUGUCAUGAAUCAAUACGUAAAUCAUUCAAAAAGAAAUUGUGCAGAAAACAAAACCCAGAACUGUUAAAAUGAAAUUGUGCUACCAUGUGAAACAAAUAAACAGUGGCAUGGACAUACUUUAUCAUGAAAACCA